AUGGAUUCACACAUUGAUCAUACGGAAAUUCCGGUGAUUUACACCGAUGAGCCGUUAUUCGAUGUUCUUCCCAAGCUGUCUAAUAUGGCUGUGGGUGAUAUGGCUUACACAUUUGAACAAAUGCUACACGGAUCACAAGGACACCGUCUAAGGCAACUGGUCCAUGCUUUGGCAGACGAUACUCACAAUCCCUUCAUCAUUGUGGCAUUGAUGAUUCUGAAAUGGGACUUCACCGCUGCGACAGAAGAUGACUGGGGACUUAAUGAGAGCCGCGGUGCAGCUUGCGAAUUUGUUGCCUGGCAAUUUCUGUGCCACCUGAACCAGCGCGAGACAAUUGAAUUUCUGUUAGAAGAGCUACCAACGCCGCGGCGCGGUUCGGCAAAUAUCAUUGAAUCCGAAGCAGGUGGCUCUGGCCUGGCAUCUUUUAAACGUGAUGCAAGCCAGAUAGAAACUGAGACCACUCCUCUCUUGCAAAGCUCCUCCUCAUUUCAUCGUCUUUUUGGCGACAAAAGGAUCACAGAGACUAAGUCAUCUGGAACAUCACAAGGUACACACCGACAUGAGGAAACCUGUGCCACCCAGAGAUAUUCUCAAUUUCUUGGAUUGAAUGCAAUGGAGAUUGCAACGAUUGCCCAUGCCAAGAGAUUUCUGAGCCAGCGGGUUGUUCAAAGGGUGGUCGAUGGUAUUUGGAAGGGUGAAAUCGUUUUCUGGGAUUCUCUGACAGUCAAUUCAACUAAGAAACCUCAUAUUUUCAACACAAGAACGGCUGAUCCAUAUUCACGCCUGAGAGUACCUCUGUACCGGAAAAUCUUUGAAGCUGCAUUCUUCGUGUCUUUCCUCUUUCUCUACUACGCAGUCCUAGUAGAGAGGAGACAAGAGGCCGUUGGCAUCUUCGAAGCGGUGAUGUACGUAUGGAUCGUCGCUUUUGCAUAUGAUGAAUUGAGUGGAAUCAUUGAUGCCGGAGUUGUUUUCUACCAAAUGGAUUUCUGGAGUCUCUGGAACCUCAGCAUCAUUGCUGUUGGAAUUGCGUUUGUCAUAACAAGUCAUCUGUCUCAAUGGUGCAACUAA